CGUAGAGCCUUCCUCUUCCUCAACCCAGAUGACUUCCUGGAUGACGAGGAUGAGCAGGAACUGUUAGACAGCCUGGAGCCCACCGAUGCAUCUGUACAGCAGAGCCACAGGACCCCCACCCCAGCAGCCUCCACUGGAACGACAGCCAGCCCGACCCCACCUACAACUAGUCCUCUGGACGAGCAGACCCUCAGACACUCCCGGGCACUGAAUUGGGCCCCACGCCCCCUGCCCCUCUUCUUGGGGCGAGCUCCACCUCCCCGAACUGUGGAGAAGUCGCCUUCAAAGGUGUACGUGACCAGGGUCCGACCUGGACAGCGGGCUUCCCCGAGGGCAUUGCGAGACUCACCCUGGCCACCCUUCCCUGGUGUCUUCCUGCGCCCCAAGCCUCUGCCCAGAGUACAGCUGCGGGUGCCCCCACAUCCACCUCGGACCCAGGGCUAUAGGACCAGUGGCCCCAAGGUCACAGAACUAAAGCCCCCAGUCAGGGCCCAGACCAGCCAGGGAGGCCGGGAGGGCCAGUUGCAUGGACAGGGACUCAUGGUGCCCACAGUGGACUUGAACUCCUCGGUGGAAACACAGCCUGUGACCUCCUUCCUGAGCUUGUCUCAGGUAUCCAGGCCACAGCUGCUGGGAGAGGGUGAAGAAGGGGAGGAGGAUGGGGCCCCUGGUGAUGAGGCCACAUCAGAAGACAGUGAGGAAGAGGAGGAGCCGGCCGCUGGGCGGCCCCUGGGUCGCUGGCGGGAGGAUGCCAUCAACUGGCAGCGCACAUUCAGCGUGGGCGCCAUGGACUUCGAGCUCCUGCGCUCGGACUGGAACGACCUGCGCUGUAACGUAUCCGGGAACCUGCAACUUCCUGAGGCCGAAGCGGUGGAUGUGGUGGCUCAGUACAUGGAGCGGCUAAAUGCACGGCAUGGCGGGCGCUUCUCGCUUCUACGCAUCGUGAACGUGGAGAAGCGCCGUGACUCUGCACGCGGGAGCCGCUUCCUCCUGGAACUGGAAUUGCAAGAGCGCGGAGGGAACCGCCAGCGCCUAUCCGAAUACGUCUUCCUGCGGUUGCCCGGAGCCCGCGUUGGGGAUGAAGAUGGAGAAAGUCCCGAGCCGCCUCCAGCCGCCUCGAUUCACCCAGACAGUCGCCCAGAGCUCUGCCGGCCUUUGCACCUGGCCUGGCGUCAGGAUGUCAUGGUUCAUUUCAUUGUACCAGUGAAGAAUCAGGCGCGCUGGGUAGUGCAGUUCCUGGCAGAUAUGACCGCGCUGCAUGUGCAUACGGGGGACUCUUACUUCAACAUCAUCUUGGUGGACUUUGAGAGCGAGGACAUGGAUGUGGAGCGGGCCCUGCGUGCGGCUCAGCUACCUCGGUACCAGUACUUGAAACGAACUGGAAACUUCGAGCGCUCUGCAGGCCUGCAAACUGGAGUGGAUGCCGUGGAGGACCCCAGCAGCAUCGUUUUCCUCUGUGACCUGCACAUCCACUUCCCACCUAAUAUCCUGGACAGCAUCCGCAAGCAUUGCGUGGAGGGCAAGCUGGCCUUCGCCCCUGUGGUCAUGCGUCUGGGCUGUGGAAGCUCACCGUGGGACCCACGUGGUUACUGGGAAGUGAAUGGAUUUGGCCUCUUUGGGAUCUACAAAUCAGACUUUGACAGAGUAGGAGGCAUGAACACUGAGGAGUUCCGUGACCAGUGGGGAGGCGAGGACUGGGAACUUCUUGACAGGAGCUGGGCCCUGAUGGAGCCCACCGCAGGAUCUCGGACCCGGAUGGAGCCCAGAAGGAAUUGUCCUACAGUGGGGACCUCCAGAAUGAGCCAGGGGGUCAGUGGGAGCCAGACCAGCGGCAAGCCUGAGACUGGUGUUUGCUCCCUGGCUCUGCCUUCGGACCUACAGCUGGAUCGCCGGGGUGCGGAGGGACCGGAGGCUGAUCGACUUCGAGCUGCCAGAGUCCAGGAGCAAGUCCGAGCCCGCCUCCUGCAGCUGGGCCAGCAGUCGCGGCACAAUGGGUCUGCUGAGCUUGAUGGCUCCGCGGAGAGCGCCAGAGGCAUGCCCAGAGGUCAAUAUCACACUAUGCAGACUGGCUUCAGCUCCCGAUCCCAGGGCAUGAGUGGAGACAAGACCUCGACCUUCCGGCCCAUCGCCAAGCCGGCCUACAGCCCAGCUUCCUGGUCCUCCCGCUCAGCCGUGGAUCUGACGUGCAGUCGGAGGCUGAGUUCUGCCCACAAUGGGGGCAGUGCCUUUGGGGCUGUGGGAUAUGGGGGUACCCAGCCCACUCCACCUAUGCCCACCCGGCCAGUGUCCUUCCAUGAGCGAGGUGGGGCAGCCAGCAGAGCCGACUAUGACACAUUAUCCCUGCGCUCACUGAGGCUGGGGCCAGGGGGCCUGGAUGACCGUUACAGCGUGGUAUCUGAGCAACUGGAGCCUGCAGCCGCCUCUACCUACAGGGCCUAUGCUUACGAGCGCCAGGCUAGCUCCGGCUCUAGCCGAGCAGGAGGCCUGGACUGGCCAGAGGCCACAGAGGGACCACCCAGCAGGACCAUCCGUGCACCUGCCAUGCGAACCCUGCAAAGAUUUCAGAGCAGCCACCGAAGCCGUGGGGGUACUGGGUCAGUGUCAGGUGCCGGCUUGGAGCCAGUGGCCCGAGCCCCAUCUGUGCGCAGCCUCAGUCUUAGCCUGGCUGACUCAGGCCACCUGCCGGAUGUACGCGGGCUGGACAGCUACACGGGCCAUCGAACCCUGCAGAGGCUCAGCAGUGGCUUUGAUGACAUUGACCUGCCUUCAGCAGUCAAGUACCUCAUGGCCUCAGACCCCAACCUGCAGGUGCUGGGAGCAGCUUACAUCCAGCACAGGUGUUACAGUGAUGCCGCCGCCAAGAAGCAGGCUCGAAGCCUUCAGGCAGUGCCUAGACUGGUGAAGCUCUUCAACCACGCCAACCAGGAGGUGCAGCGCCACGCCACAGGUGCCAUGCGCAACCUCAUCUACGACAAUGUAGACAACAAGCUGGCGUUGGUAGAGGAGAAUGGCAUUUUUGAGCUGUUGCGGACACUUCGAGAGCAGGAUGAUGAACUACGCAAAAAUGUCACAGGGAUCCUAUGGAACCUGUCCUCCAGUGACCACCUGAAGGACCGCCUUGCCCGGGAUACACUGGAGCAGCUCACAGAUCUGGUGCUGAGCCCCCUGUCAGGGGCAGGCGGGCCCCCCCUCAUCCAGCAGAAUGCCUCAGAGGCAGAGAUCUUCUACAAUGCUACUGGCUUCCUCAGGAACCUCAGCUCAGCCUCCCAGGCCACUCGGCAGAAGAUGCGAGAGUGCCAUGGGCUAGUGGAUGCUCUGGUCACCUACAUCAACCAUGCCCUGGACGUUGGCAAGUGUGAGGACAAGAGUGUGGAAAAUGCUGUGUGUGUGCUGAGGAACCUGUCCUACCGCCUCUACGACGAGAUGCCGCCAUCAGCCUUGCAGCGGCUUGAAGGCCGGGGCCGUAGGGACAUGGCAGGGGCACCGCCUGGUGAAAUGGUGGGCUGCUUUACACCUCAGAGUCGGCGGCUGCGAGAGCUUCCUCUCACAGCUGAUGCACUCACCUUUGCCGAAGUAUCUAAGGAUCCCAAGGGCCUCGAAUGGCUGUGGAGCCCCCAGAUUGUGGGGUUGUACAACCGACUGCUGCAGCGCUGUGAACUAAAUCGGCAUACAACGGAGGCGGCCGCAGGGGCGCUACAGAAUAUCACCGCGGGCGACCGCAGGUGGGCAGGUGUGCUGAGCCGCCUGGCCCUGGAACAGGAGCGCAUCCUGAACCCCUUGCUGGACCGCGUUCGCACCGCUGACCACAACCAACUGCGCUCACUGACUGGCCUCAUCCGAAACCUGUCUCGGAAUGCCAGGAACAAGGACGAGAUGUCCACAAAGGUAGUGAGCCACCUGAUUGAGAAGCUUCCUGGUAGUGUGGGCGAGAAGUGUCCCCCAGCUGAGGUGCUGGUCAACAUCAUAGCCGUGCUCAACAACCUGGUGGUAGCCAGCCCCAUUGCUGCCCGGGACCUGCUCUACUUUGAUGGCCUCCGAAAGCUGGUCUUCAUCAAAAAGAAGAGGGACAGCCCCGACAGCGAGAAGUCCUCCAGGGCAGCCUCCAGCCUCUUGGCCAACCUCUGGCAGUACAGCAAGCUCCACCGUGACUUCCGGGCGAAAGGCUACCGGAAAGAGGACUUCCUGGGUCCGUAGGUGGAGCCUCCUGGAGAUGAAGUGAUUCAUUCGGCUUCCAAGAGAUAGGCUCAGCUCCUGCUGUCCCACAGCACAUAGAAGAGGAGCUGAUGUCACAGGGCCUCUCUCUCUCUCUCUCUGGAGUCCUGUGUGUGUACCCUUGAGAGGCCAGGGCCACCAGAAAAGAACAGGCGCUUGCAGCUGGGGAUUGAUUGGCUUCUGCAGGGCAGGGAAAGGGGGCAGAGCUUGAGCUGCUCUGGUGUACUGGGGUGGUGAUUAGUCACAAUGGCAAGGGUGGGGCCACCUGCGGCCUGACAGUUUUGUGACUGGCAACAUUGGGAUUAAAGGUGGUUUUGAACACA